GAGACAUUUCAUCUCUUGCUCCGCUGCAGGUGAGAGCGUCGGGGAAAAGUAAAAAAAGAAUAAAAAUAAUCAAAGAAAGGGGCGAAGAAAAGAAGAAAGCACCCCCUCUAAGCCCCCGGGAAUCACCUUCUCGGUUCGAGUCUCUCCCAGAUAUUGCAUCCCCGAGCAAGGAGCAGAGUCUUCUGGGACUCCUCUUUGCGGGCUUCUGUUCCAAGAUUCAACAUAUAUAGAGCUCCCGGUUUCAUUUCUGGCAAGAAGUGGAGCAGAUGAGAUUUAAUCGCCAACACGGGACUCCGCAACUGACUGGGUCGGACAAUCGAUGAAAGGCGUCCUUCGGUUCAAGAAUUCUGGGCAUCCACCGACAACUCUGCCCCUCUGUCCGCUCCAUUCCUCGUGCGAUCGCCAGAUUCGAAUUACCUGCUGCUGCUGCUGGUGAAAGAAGAUCAGGUAGAAGAAGAUGCUUGGGUUCCGUGUGCUCUUCCUCCUCCUCGUUGCCCUCGCUUCUUUUCCCUCCCUCUUCUCCUCCCCAUCCUGCCAGCGGACCUGCGGUUCGACCACCGUCCCUUUCCCCUUCGGCUUCUCCCAGGGAUGCCAGAUCCCCUUAAACUGUACGGGCCUGCCCCCCACGAUCCGAGUCGGGAAUUUCCAGGUGCGGAACAUCACGCCCGACAGCCUCCUGAUCGACAUCCCCCCGGUCUGCAACCGCUCCGUCCGCGCCGUCGAGAGCCUCUUCGGGAAGAACUACGCACUGACCCGGAGGAACGGCCUCUUCCUCCGCAACUGCACGUCCUCGUCUUCGGGAUGCCUCGUCCCCACCUCCCUGCUCUCCCAGAAAGAUCUCAAGAGCUGCGGUGACAAGACUGACAACACCACCUGCUUCUCCGACGACGGGAGUACCGACGGUUUCCUGGCCGCCAACAAUAUCAUCAACUUCGGAUGUAACUUCUUCUACACCUCCAUAGGCUUCGAGCAGGACGGGGAGGCGCCCGACCCCAAGAUGCUGCCGCUCAUGCUGCAGACGGCGGUAGUGGACUGGUGGCUGGAGGGCCGUUGCUGGUGCUCCAAGCACGCCAACUGCACCAACAUCACCUCUCCAAGCACCGGGAAGCCCGGUUUCAGGUGCAACUGCCAAGGGGGAUUCCAGGGGGACGGGUUCGCCGACAACGGCGCGCGCGGUUGUCAAAAAGUGACCGAUUCAAAAUGCAAUCCUUCCAAGUAUAUGUCCGGGAGCUGUGGAGAAACUGCUAGAGUUGGUGUUCUGAUUGGAGGGAUCGCAGCUGGAGCCUGUGUAAUGGCUGGCCUCGCUCUUGUUUGCUGCCUCAUCAGGCGGCGCUCCUCUUCCUCGCGAAUCCGAAGGAGUACCAAGCGCCUCCUAUCUGAAGCCUCCUGCACGGUUCCCCUCUAUCCCUACAAAGAUAUCGAGAAGGCCACAGAUGGCUUCUCGGAUUGCCGGAGACUGGGUACUGGUGCUUAUGGAACCGUUUAUGCCGGCAAGCUCAGCAACGACAAAUUAGUUGCCAUCAAGAAGAUCAAACACCGGGACGCCGACGGCAUCGAGCAGGUCAUCAACGAGAUCAAGCUUCUGUCCUUGGUGAGCCACCCGAACCUGGUCCGCCUUCUAGGUUGCUGCAUCGAAAGAGGGGAGCAGAUCCUAGUUUAUGAGUUCAUGCCCAACGGAACUUUAGGUCAGCACCUGCAGAGGGAGCGAGGACCCGCCCUCCCUUGGACCGUCCGCCUCGCCAUUGCUGCGGAGACGGCACAAGCUAUCGCCUACCUUCACUCGGCAAUCCACCCACCAAUAUUCCAUCGAGAUAUCAAAUCCAGCAACAUACUGCUAGACUUCCACUACAAGUCCAAGGUCGCGGACUUUGGUCUCUCGAGGAUGGGCAUGACCGAAUCAUCGCACAUCUCUACGGCCCCGCAGGGAACGCCGGGCUACCUCGAUCCCCAGUAUCACCAGAACUUCCACCUCUCCGACAAGAGUGAUGUGUACAGCUUCGGGGUUGUGCUGGUGGAGAUCAUAACGGCGCUGAAGGUGGUGGACUUCAACCGGGUGCAGAGCGAGGUGAAUCUGGCGGCACUGGCGAUCGAUAAGAUCGGGAGGGGCUGCGUCGACGAGAUAAUAGACCCUUACCUGGAUCCCAACAGAGAUGCUUGGACUCUCUCCUCCAUUCACAAGGUGGCCGAGCUGGCGUUCAGGUGCCUGGCGUUCCACAGGGACAUGCGGCCCUCCAUGACGGAAGUGGCUGAUGAGCUGGAACGGAUCAGGCGCAGUGGCUGGGCUCCGUCGGCAGAUGACAGCGUCUUCAUGUCACCGGUGUCGUCGCUGUGCUCCUCGCCAUCCAAUCGCGCCGACAAGUCCAGGGGAGUCUCGGAGAGCAGGAGGCUGGCUUUGGCGAAUAUGACGGUGGAGGUGAAGGUCGACUCCCCUGUUUCUGUGCAGGAGCCAUGGUUCAGCGAGCAGAGCUCUCCUUCAGAGAACAGCCUGCUGGGUAAUGUAGUUCAUUAGUCGAUCGAGCGGUCCAACCUUAACUCGCUGUGCAGAAAAUAGAUAGAUGGAUGGAUAGAUAGAUAUCAACGAAAGGCAAGUUUCAGCUAGCAUUAGUUGUUAGAUCCUGCUGUGUUAUUCCUAAUCAGCAACAGCCUCCUCCUCCUCCUCCUCCUGCUUUCUGGAAAUUGGAAAGCAUAUGUGAUGUUUACAAUGCAUAUGUGAUCGAUCGACAUGGGCUCUCUACGGGCUGGCAUUUCUAUCGAUCUACCUUCGGGGCCAUUGGACCUGACCUAUAUAAAAUAACAGAUCCCUGUGGGUGUAAAUUCCGGAUUUGUUCGGCCCCA